AUGGCUGACAAGGAGGGUAACCAACCGUUCAGCUUUCCUAGAGAGGAGGACAAUAUUAUCCAAAAAUGGGAGGACAUUGACGCCUUCCAAAGAACUUUGGAAUUGACGAAGGAUAUGCCUCCAUUCGCUUUCUUCGAUGGUCCACCAUUUGCUACCGGUACUCCCCAUUAUGGACACAUUUUGGCUUCCACAAUCAAGGAUAUCAUCCCACGUUAUGCAUCGAUGAACGGUCACCACGUUGAAAGAAGAUUUGGAUGGGAUACCCACGGUUUACCAGUCGAACACGAGAUUGACAAAAAGUUGGGCAUUACUUCCAAGGAGGAUGUCUAUGCUAUGGGUAUUGAUAAGUACAAUGCCGAAUGUCGUGCUAUUGUCAUGAGAUAUGCCGAUGAAUGGCGUUCCACCAUCAAGAGAUUGGGAAGAUGGAUCGAUAUGGACAACGAUUACAAGACCUUGUACCCCGAAUUUAUGGAGUCCGUUUGGUGGGGUUUCAAGGAAUUAUUCAAAAAGGACACCGUUUACAGAGGUCUCAGAGUUAUGCCUUAUUCCACUGGUUUGACCACUCCAUUGUCCAACUUCGAAGCUCAACAGAACUAUAAAGAAGUCAACGAUCCCGCAGUCACCAUCUCUUUCCCAUUAUUAGACGACGAGAAGACCGCCUUGGUUGCUUGGACCACCACUCCAUGGACUUUACCAGCCAACAUCGCCUUGGCUGUCAACCCCAACUUCGAGUAUGUUAAGAUUUUCGAUGAAGAAAAGCAAAUGCACUACAUCUUGUUGGAGGGAUUGCUCAAGACUUUAUACAAGAAGCCUGCUGCUGCCAAGUACAAGGUUGUCGAAAAGAUCUCCGGUAAGGACUUGGUUGAUAUCAAGUACGUCCCAUUAUUCGACUACUUCUAUGAAGAAUUCAAGGACCAUGCUUUCAAGGUCAUUGCUGCUGAUUAUGUUACCUCCGACUCCGGUACCGGUAUCGUCCAUCAGGCCCCAUCUUAUGGUGAAGAGGAUUUCAACGCUGCAACUGCAAAUGGUAUCAUUAACGAAUACAGACAACCUCCAGUGGUUGUUGAUGACGUUGGUAAGAUGAACGACAAGGUUCCAGAAUUCACUGGUUUAUACUUCAAAGAUGCUGACAAGGCUAUCAUCAAGAAGUUGACUGAAAAGGGCAGAAUCUUGGUUAACUCCCAAGCUAAGCACUCGUACCCAUUCUGUUGGAGAUCGGACACUCCAUUGAUGUACAGAACAAUCCCAGCUUGGUUUGUUCGUAUUACCGAAAUUGUUCCUGAAAUGUUGGAAAAUGUGGAGAGAACUAACUGGGUUCCCUCCAACAUUAAGGACAAGAGAUUCUCGAACUGGAUUGCCAAUGCUAGAGACUGGAACAUCUCUAGAAACCGUUACUGGGGUACUCCAAUCCCAUUGUGGGUUUCUGAUGAUUUUGAGGAAGUUGUCUGUGUUGGUUCCAUUGAUGAAUUGAAGAAGUUGUCUGGACGCGAUGAUAUUACCGAUAUUCACCGUGAAAGUAUCGACUCCAUUACUAUUCCAUCCCAAAAGGGUAAGGGUCAAUUGAAGAGAAUUGAAGAAGUUUUCGAUUGUUGGUUCGAAUCUGGUUCCAUGCCUUUUGCUUCCAAGCAUUAUCCAUUUGAAAACAAGGCAUCCUUUGAAAACGCUUUCCCAGCUAACUUCAUUUCUGAAGGUUUGGAUCAAACUAGAGGAUGGUUCUACACUUUGACUGUUUUGGGUACUCACUUAUUCAAGACUGCUCCAUACCAAAACGUUAUUGUCAGUGGUAUUGUUUUGGCUGCUGACGGUAAGAAGAUGUCCAAGCGUUUGAAGAACUACCCAGAUCCAGGUAUUGUUUUGAACAAGUACGGUGCAGAUGCUUUGAGAUUAUACUUGAUCAACUCUCCAGUAUUGAGAGCUGAAACCUUGAAAUUCAAGGAAGAGGGUGUCAAGGAUGUUGUCUCUAGUGUUUUGUUGCCAUGGUACAACUCUUACAAAUUCUUCAAGGAUGCUGCUGAUCUCUUCAAGAAGACCAACGGAGAAGAUUUCAAGUACGACCCUACCUUAAUCUCUGAAAAUGUCAUGGACAGAUGGUUGUUAGCUUCUAUCCAAUCUUUGAUCAAGUUCAUUCACGAAGAAAUGGCCGGAUACAGAUUAUACACUGUUGUUCCAAGAUUAUUAUCCUUAAUUGAUGACUUGACCAACUGGUACAUCAGAUUCAACCGUCGUCGUAUCAAGGGUUAUGCUGGUGAUGAUAUUGUCGACACCAAGAAGGGUCUUAACACUUUGGUCGAAGCUUUGUUGACUUUGUCCAGAGCCAUGGCUCCUUUCACCCCAUUCUUAGCUGAUUCCAUCUACCAAAGAAUAAAAGAAUACUUCACAACUGAAGAAUUGAACCAAUAUUCUGUCAACCCUGAAGUUCAUGAUACCAGAUCUAUUCAUUUCUUGUCUUAUCCAAAGGUCAAGGAACAUUUGUUCGACAGUGCUAUCGAGGUUGCAGUUGGCCGUAUGCAAAAGGUCAUUGACUUAGGUAGAAACAUCAGAGAAAAGAAGACCAUCUCGUUGAAGACACCAUUGAAGGAAUUGGUCAUUUUGCAUUCCGAUGAAGGUUACUUGAAGGAUGUUGAAUCUUUGAAGGGAUACAUCGCUGAUGAAUUGAACGUCAGAAACAUUGUCAUCACCUCUGAUGAAGCCAAAUACAACGUUGAAUACACUGUUGUUGCCGACUGGCCAGUUUUGGGUAAGAAGUUGAAGGGUGAUGCCAAGAAGGUUAAGGCAGCUUUACCAAAGGUCUCCUCUGAAGAGGUCCAAAAGUUUGCUGAAACCGGUAAGAUCACUGUCGAUGGUAUUGACUUGGUCACUGAAGACUUGCAGGUCCAACGUGGCUUGCCAGCUGAAAAGGCUGCUCAUGGUCAAGAAGCCAGAGCAGAAAAAGACACCUUGAUCAUCUUAGAUGUCAAUGUCUACGAAGAAUUCAAGACCGAAGGUUUAGCGAGAGAAUUGAUCAACCGUAUUCAAAGGCUCCGUAAGAAGGCCGGUUUGAACACCACCGACGAUGUUGCAGUUGAGUACAAAUUAGUCAAGGACACCAUUGACUUUGAAAAGGUUGUUAAGACCCACGAAGACAUUAUUUCCAAGUCUUCUAAGAAGCCUUUGGCUGCUUAUACCGAUGCCUCAGAUAAGGUUAUUAUCGAUGAAGAACAAGUUAUUGAAGAAACUGUCUUUAACUUGAGAUUGUUGAGCUUGUAA